AUGGACAUUGAACACACAGCUAGUAUAGAUAGGCUAGCCAUGUUUCGUGAAGGCGUGGGUAUCACAGACGUCUUCUCAUCGGGCCCUAAAUCGUGGAAGCGUAUCACACCUAAUCUGGGCGUCUACAAGCGCGUCGUCCUAGCCGAGAAGCACGCAAAAAUCCAGUAUUAUUCUUUCGCCUGGCUUAUCAAUACAUGCUUGCUCCUGCAGAUCAUCUUCGCUGCGAUUCUAACGGCGCUUGGUGCCGCGAACGGCUCUCACAUAGCAAUCACUGCCAUCGGGGCAGCCAACACCGUCAUUGCGGGCUUGCUAUCGUUCACGAAGGGGCAGGGGCUUCCCAACAGGCUGCGACAGUACCAGAACACUCUUCGAAAAGUCAGAGAAUAUAUCGAACAACCAGAAAGAGAGUUUGCCCAGUUUGACUGUCAAUUGGACCUAAGCCAUGAGAUCAAAGCUGUGAUAGCAAUGUACGAGGAUGCUCGUAAGAAUGAUGAGGCCAAUGAUCCGAAUGCGUAUCACAAUGCUCUAGACUUAUCUGCUAAGCCUCAGUCCGUACCAACACAAACCAUCAAUCACCAAUCAAAGAAUGGGCGACAUGGAGAUAUUCCAAAUACAGGAGGGUGGCCUUUGUCAAAUGAGGAAACCAAGGAAGCGGGAUUUCAUCACGCGAGCUCCAAGCCAGACGACGUAAGCUCCUCAUUCAAUGCGAACUUUGCACAAGGUAAAUAUCUCCUGGAUCAUGAAGGCAUAAAAUCAGCGCUAGCUCUGAUAGAUUUCUUAGUCCUGAGCUUGAAGUUGGAAAGCCUAUCCGCUGCUCCUUUGCCAGACGUUGGUUUCACUUUUUCUCCGCGAUCGAAGACCUCUAUAACAUCAAAGUCGGAGUCUCCAUCUCCAGACAGAACCAUCUCAGACCUAAAUGAUUAUGACUCGGGAGACAAGCCCCUACAAGGCGCAAGUCAGAUGCCGCCUAAGCAGUCGAAGGAAAACGAAUUACUCACACUGCCCAUGUAUGCUCAUAAGGCGAGAAAGCAUUUGCCUUUCCAAUACCCUCCUAUAGGAUCAUUUCGGCCUCCCCGCUGGAACUCCAAGAAGAAGCCGGCUCGUGGUGUCAAAAACAUUCGCGAAGGUGGCGCUGGCGCCCUCACACCUCAAGCGAAAAAGGCACAAUGUGCCAGCCCUCCGCCCUCUUGCCAUACGCGCUCUGGUGCGAUUGCAGAAGAUGAAGGCUUUACGCUCGCAAAGAGACGCCGGUUGCAGUCGCAAUUGAACAAGUUUGAAUGGCCUAAGGCCAUUUGUGCCACCGAUUCGACAGGUUCCAUAACACGGUCCAUGAGAAAAUCUCACAUAGCUGCCAUUUCUAACAUGAAAUUAAACUACUCACCGCCAAUAUCGCCAAAAUCUACUCCCAAAUCACUUGACAUCCCUCAAGAAUCGGGCAACCCUGAGGUCAAGGAUCAAAAGCAGUCCACAGUCGCUGCCUCAUCAUGUCCUAGGCGUCAAUCGUCAGGGAAAACCCGUGCUGCAAACUCUGAACUGAAGCCCGAGGACCAGUCUCCCCCAGCAUUGAAUUUGAGCGAUAUCCCCCUCCAUGUGCUACCAGCACAGGCAAUGAGCAGCACAGACGGAUCUUCUUCCGGUGACAACCUGAGCUCCUGGACUAGGAUCCAUGGUGAAGAGCGGAAUUUGAGGAGCCGUAUUUCUACAAUCACAGAGGAUGACAUGGGGCAUCUGCAACGGGACUUCAAGAAGGUGGGGAGAAAGAGGCAGGCGAGGCGCUCGGGGAUGUCUUGA